AUGUGGGGGACUUUGUGGGCGCUCUUGUGCAGUUGUAUAGUGUUUUUUCGGACGAAAGCCGGGAAUGGGCAAGCCGAGCCCGAUAGUGGCCCCGACCCGCGCAAAAGAGCUGCAAAGCGAUGCAUCGAGGUGAAGCUAGAUGAGGAGAUAGUUUGCAACGAAAGUAGAAAGAAAGCGUCCGCUGCAGGCAUCCACGAAAAUGCACACAAGAAUCCGAGCCAUCAGAGCUCACUAGAGUUUAUGGCAGAAAAGGAAAUCCAAAAGCAGCAGGCUGCAGGCAUGACGCCAGAGCUUGCUGGGGUGUCACAGCCUGGGCGCCGUGUGGUGGGCGGAGAACAGAAGUCACGUGCUGCCGCACAGUGA